AUGACAACGAGAUACCGUGUUGAAUACGCGCUUAAGACUCACCGCCGUGAUCAGUUCAUCGAAUGGAUCAAAGGUCUCCUCGCUGUUCCGUUCGUACUGCUUUCGCAGCCGACCGCAAUAUACGAGAAUGACAAGUCUACCGUCAACGCCAUGGCAGCUAAUGCCCACGUACGCUACGCCCAGAUCAUGCAUGACGUCGAGGAGCUGAUUCUGGACCACAUCAAGCAACAGAAGACCGGCGGGAUCUCUAAGCUCAAACUCCUGGUGCCGUCAGUAGGUGUCUUCUUCACGCCGUUACCCCUGCAAGAUGCCUUCAUCCACCAGGACCAGAAACGUUUCAUCAGCUCCAGACGCUUCGUGGCUCCCAGCUUCAACGACAUUCGUCUUAUACUCAACACGGCACAGGUCAUGUCAUUGGUCCGGAACAGUAGGCUUGAACUCGUGACGUUUGACGGAGACGUCACGCUCUACGAUGACGGCGAAUCGCUGACUCCUGACAACCCUUGCAUCCCAAGGAUACUGGAGCUUCUAAGGAAAGGCACUCGCAUCGGGAUCGUAACAGCCGCAGGUUACACGGAGGCAGAAAAGUACUACGAGCGACUUUACGGCCUGCUGGACGCUCUGGCAACCAGCGAAAUGUCUCACAAGUGCGAGCAUCAUCUCGUAGUGAUGGGCGGUGAGAGCAAUUUUCUGUUCACAUACACGCCUCAGUCCCCUUGCAAGCUGCAAGCGGUGUCACAGACUGACUGGCAACUACCGGAGAUGGGUGACUGGACUGAGGAGAAUGUCACCGCGCUGCUCGAUGUUGCCGAAGCGGCACUAAAAGACUGCGUGCAGUGCAUGCAACUCCCUGUCUCUGUGCUGCGCAAGAAGCGCGCCGUUGGUAUCUUCCCUAGUAAGGGCAUCCGACUGGCUCGGGAGCAGCUUGAAGAGACCGUUCUUGUCGUUCAACGCAUUCUUGAGAUGUCCGCAGCCGGCCGUCGUAUCCCAUUCUGUGCCUUCAACGGUGGCAACGACGUUUUCGUCGACAUUGGCGACAAGUCGUGGGGUGUGAUGGCAUGUCAGAGGUACUUUGGCGGCAUCGAAGGUGGAAAGAGUUUGCACGUCGGUGAUCAGUUCCUGUCCGCUGGGGCAAAUGACUUCAAGGCACGACUUGCAUGCACCACCGCAUGGAUCGCAAACCCAAGGGAGACGUGCAAUCUGCUUGAUGAGAUCCAGGACACGGGCGCUGAGCGGUAG